AUGGCGACCCGAUCUAGUUCACGGUUGAGCAGUCUUCGCGUGAAAGCCGAACAGGACCCUACAACCACCACAAAGACAACCACGACGAGCAGCACACGAGGCACACGGAAGACGAUAGUCAAGAACGAAGACGGAGAGCCCGAUGCCGAGACCCUGGCGCGUCUAAAACUGGAAGUGGAUGAGCACCGUAAGGCACUUGCUGCCGAUGCGAAGAAACAGCGGGCGUCAAUGAAACGCGAUAUUACCGCCAUGAAUGUCUCUUCUCUGCCCGCUUCGGCGGCGGCGGCGUCGACGUCGACGUCGACGUCGAAUGGAGGGGGUGGUGGUGUGAAAAAGAGCAAGUUUGCGACAAAGGAGCCGGUUGGGUGGGAGGUCACGUUGGAUCGGUUAAGGGAGUUUCGACUUCAGAAUCCGGCCCCUGUUGAUACUAUGGGGUGUGAGCGGCUUGCUGAAGUUGGUGAUCAUAUCCCUCCUGAAGUGAGCAGGUAUCAGACACUGGUGGCACUGAUGCUGUCGUCACAAACCAAGGAUACAGUGACAUCGGUUGCGGUGCGGAGGUUACAGAAGGAACUCAAGGGUGGACUGACGAUCCAGUCGAUUCUGGAUGUGCCCUCAGAGGAACUGAACACGAUUAUUGGCGCAGUCGGGUUUCAUAACAAGAAGACGAUCUAUUUGAAACAGGUGGCCGAGAUCUGUCGAGUUCAGUACAAUGGAGACAUCCCGGAUACUGCAGAGGCCUUGAUUGCCCUCCCAGGCGUUGGACCCAAAAUGGCAUAUUUGACAUUGCAAUGUGCCUGGAACAAAAACCUCGGCAUUGGUGUUGACGUACAUGUUCACCGCAUCGCAAACCGCCUUGGUUGGGUCAAGACUGAGAAAGACGGACCCGAGGGAACCCGCGAGGCGUUGCAAUCGUGGCUCCCGAAGGAACAUUGGCGGGAGAUCAACCACAUUAUGGUCGGGUUCGGACAAGUCUUGUGUUUGCCCCGCGGACCCAGGUGUGCAGCCUGUCCUGUUCAGGAAAGAUGUCCCUCUGCGACUGGGAUCACCAAACACCAAAAGAAGAAGAUGGUGCUUGAGGCUGCGAUCAAAGAAGAGAGAGAGGAGGCGUUUGGGGAGGUUGAAAUCCAUGCAGUUCAUACCAAGACUGAGGAUGAAGCUGACGACAAGGAGGUUGUGAAGAAGGAGAAGGAGGAGGCUGGCGCGGCGAAGGUCAAGAAUGAAGUAGUGGAGGGUGACUCGAGCCCGUACUUUGCUCAGGAUGCCGGAUCUGUUAAGGUCAAGGAGGAAGAGGAGUCGGGGGUCAUGGCGUCUUCCUCAGAGGUCAAUGGAAGUAAAGUUAGUCAGUUGAAGGAUACGAGCCAACUGGAGAAGGAAUCUGCAGACAUUGAGGAUCUCAUCCCAUAG